AUGGAUGAGCCAUCACCUAAGCCAAUCUUGAGCAGUAAAGAAUGCAGACGUUGGGAAGACAGAGGUUUUGUUAGAAAAUUGAAGCUAAGGUGUGUAGCUCCCAGGUUGUCACACAACAGUCUUGGUGGAGAUGGAAUUGGGAGACAAAGUUCUUUGAACAGAGACAACAACCAAACUGUUUCAGACGUAGCAGUGGCAAGUGAACGGAAGUGUGAGAUGGAAAAAACCAAUACUAUUGAGGAAUUUUUGACCAGAUCAGAAUUGAGCCAACAUGAUGAAGGGGAUUGUUUGCCAUCAGAAUUCGAGCCUCAAUUACCGGCACAGGUUAAAUUAGAUGACAGACCACUUGGUACAGGACAACUACUGAACUGUUGGGAAAUGUUAUCUGUUCAUGAUCAGGUCGAUUUUCAGAAACAAUAUGGGGACUUGGCACAUUUACUGAAAAUUAGGGUCCAACAUGCCUGUUUUCAAGCCAUGAUAGGUUUUUGGGAUCCAGAAUAUCGGUGUUUCACUUUUGAUACUGUGGAUAUGACUCCUACUAUCGAGGAGUAUGGAUCUUUGCUAAAUUGUCCCAAGUCAGAAAAGGUGUACUUUUACACACCUAUAGAGCAUGCACUUUCUAACUUUGCUUGGAUUACCCAGAUAGACUGUCAACUAGCAAAAUCACAUGCAACUAAACGAGGAAACAGCCAGGGUUGGUUUUGGAAUGAGCUAGAAGCCAUAUUCAAGAGGAGACUACAUGAUGAAAGCAAUGAAAUUCGAUUGAGAAUUUUGGCCUUGGGCAUAUAUGGUUUGGUUCUUUUCCCAUCUGCCAAGGGAAUGAUCGAUUUUGAGGUUGUUAAUGUAUUUAAAAAUGUGGUGACCCUUAAAAUUAAUCCUGCUACAGCAAUAUUGGCAGAAACUCUCUCAUCCUUGAAUUAUUGUAGAAAAGCCGGAAAAGGUCGUUUAAGAUGUUGCUUGCAGCUUUUGUUUGUCUGGACUGUGAGUCACAUGAUUGAGGGGAAGAUUUCAGGUUUGGUUGGUACCCCAUGGCAUCUUUAUUCUAAGUUGGAGAAUUUUGCUGAAAAACAUUUGCAUGAAGUAGGAAGAACUACAUGGGAAUCAAUGUUUCUGAGUUUGAGUAAAUCUCAAUUUCAUUGGAGGAGUCGAUAUUCUUACUUCAAAUCUUAUCUGGCAUAUUGUGGUGAGUACCCAUGGGUCCCGUUGAUAGGAGCCCGCUGCUGUAUUAGUUAUUGUCCUAACAUGGUUUUACGACAGUUUGGAUUUGAGCAGUUUAUUCCAAGGACUACCGAGCUGGCAACAUUCUAUGAAGAUUUCAAGACCUCGAAGAAAUUAUUAGAGUCAGUGAAAAAGGCAUGGAAGCAUCCUGGUAGGGUUACUUCUGUUAAGAGGGUAGAAGGAAAAACAACUAAAGGAUAUCCAAUAUGGCAGAAGAAGAGAGGGAAAGGGUACAAAGUUCCUCCAUUUGAAGGGCCAUCCAGGUCUGUGAUUCAGUCUGCUGAAGACAUACAUGAAGAGGUUUGUGCUCAACAAGAAUCUUACAACCUAGAUUUGAAUUCUGAAGUAGAAGAGUUAACGGCUAAAAAAAGAAAGUUAGCAUCUAAUCUAGCCAUCCGAGAAAAAGCAUUGGCUAUCACGAAACAGGAAAAGGAUGACUUGUCAACUCAGCUACAACAUCAACAACUUGAGUUCCAGCGACUACAAGAAAAAUAUGCAUUUCUGUCAGAAGAUAAGAGGAAGCAAGAUGUCAACAUGAAGAGAUGGGUUAAAAGAGCAUCAAAAUCUGAGGAAAUAGCAUUAAAGUUGGAAGAGGUGAACCAUUUGCUUUCCAUUGAGCAAACCUUAUCAUCAGAAAAAGAAAAUGCAAAAAAAGAAGCAGAAUGUUGGGCUUCUGAAGCUAUGCGCUAUCAUGUACAAGCAGAUGAUGCCAAGAAUUAUGCUUCAGGAUUAAGAAGCAUGGCCCAACAAAUAGCAGAUGGUGAACCAAUGACUAGAAAUGAAUUCCAUCAGUUUUUUGGGCUAAUCAGAGAUGGGAUUAAUGAGAUAGCAGCACUAGUAUCCAAGUCUGGAGAAGAUACCUCUACUCAGCCAACGGUUGCAACUCCAUCUAUAUCUACUCCAGUAGCUCCUUUCGUGUUCACUUCUCAAAAUCUAGGGGCAAAUCCUUCUUCAUCUGAACAGCAGUUCAGUGUCAAUGUUCCACCAGCACAAGUGCCGAUCAUAAACUUGACAACUGAUGACUCACAUAGGAUGAGAUACUCUAAACCUGUUGAUUAUGACAAAUUGACCGCUCUAGAAGAAAGAUUAAGAGCAGUCGAAGGGGCAGACUUAUAUGAUCCUGUUCAUGCUGCAGAGAUGUGUUUAGUCCCAAAUGUAGCUGUACCCAAAGAAUUUAGGGUACCGGAAUUUAUCAAGAUAGAACAAGCAAUAAGAAUGGGGAGAAUGUUAGAGCCUACUGAGAAGAAAGGCUUUAUCGAGAAAAAGAAGGAGUCUGAGGUGAACAAUAUGGAAGGAGGGUACAAGGGUAAGAAGAAAAAUUACCAUCACUAUAACUUCCAAAGACCUACCCAACAAGUUGCAAGUUUGUUGAGUAUUGGGCAAGUGGCCCCUGUUCCUUUAACCCCACUACAACCUCCAUACCCAAAUUGGUAUAAGCCUGAUAUGACAUGUGAAUAUCAUGCUGGCAUUGCUGGGCAUAACAUUGAAAGCUGUAAUGCAUUCAAAAACAAGCUCCUUCAAUUGAUAAAAGCUGGAUGGAUAACUUUUGAUGAUGCACCGAAUGUGAAUUCCAACCCUUUACCUAAUCAUGCUACAAGCAGUGGAGGGGUGAAUGCUAUCGGAGUAGAGGGUAAGAAGGAAAGAACUUUGAAGGUUUCCAUGGAAAAACUGUACGGUAUGAUGGUACAGUCUGGAUAUUUAUCCGAGUUUGAACCAGUAAUGAAUGGAAAUAAUUACUGUAAGUUUCAUGCCAAGGUGGGACAUCACAUUGAUGAUUGCGAAGAAUUUCACCAAAGAGUGAAAAGGAUGCUGAUUUUCGGCAUGAUACGGAUAGAAAGUGAAGAAGAAAGCAGUGAAGUGGGGAUGAUAGGCGGCCAGGAGAAAAAAAGAGAGGUUUGUAGACUCCAACCAACUGUGGGUGGUCCGCCAAAACUAAUCCUAAUCAAGCCUGUAUGUACCAAUAAUGGAAGUUAUGGCACAAUGCCUUACAAUUAUUGGUAUGCUUUCAACGUUAAAAAUCCUACUCCUGUCUUCCAUACAGAAAUCGGUGGUUUAACUCGAAGUGGUCGUUGUUUUACACCAGAAGAAUUAGAGAGGCAGAGGAAAGCUAAAGGAAAAGAAACAGUUGAGGCUUUUAAAGAUAUGGAAGUGAACAAACCCAUAAGUGAAGAGGAGUCUAAUGAAUUUCUGAAGUUGAUGAAGCAUAGUGAGUAUAGUAUAGUAGAUCAGUUGAAGAAAACUCCUGCUAGAAUCUCUUUAAUGUCACUUAUCUUGAGUUUUGAGUUACACCGUAAAGCGUUGCAAAAGGUGUUGAAUGAAGCAUAUGUGCCACAGGAUAUUACUCAGGAUACAAUGGAGCAUUUGGUGGGAAGAAUUCAAGCCUCCAAUUACUUAUAUUUCACUAAAGAUGAGCUAGACCCGGAAGGGACUGGGCAUAACAAGCCCUUGUAUAUCACUGUGAAAUAUAAGGACUGUCUGAUUGGCAAAGUGCUUGUGGAUAAUGGUUCAGCUUUGAAUGUGCUACCAAGGUAUAUGCUGGAUGAGAUGCCAAUUGAUGCUACUCAUAUGAGGCCAAGUACUAUGACGGCUAGAGCAUAUGAUGUGAUGGAUAUCCAUCCUUCCUAUAGCAUGUUAUUAGGAAGGUCAUGGAUACACGCCUCUAGGGCUGUGACAUCAUCUCUACACCAAUGCCUGAAGUACAUCAUCAAUGGUACUUUAGUGAAAGUUGAGGCAGAAGAAACCUUGUCCAUGAUAAGGAAUGUGGCGGUCCCUUAUAUUGAAGCAGAAGAUUGCAAAGAUGGAGAUCUCCAUGCCUUCGAGAUUGUGAACACCGAAUGGGUACCGGAGAAUACUGUGUUAAGAAGACCAGCUAUUUCUAGUACUGCUAGAAUGAUAGCUAAAUGCUUUUUAAAACAUGGGCUGCCAUUCCAGAAUGAUCUAAUUGCUGGAAAUCAUAAAAGAGUCAACAUGAUGAAAAUUAAGGCCGUUGAUAAGAGGUUUGGGCUUGGCUUCAAGCCUAAGAAAGAUGAUCAUAAGAGAGCUGCUAGGAUAAAGCGAGAGAGAAGGUUGGCCAGAAUAGAAGGAAGAAAGCCAAAGGAAGAAGACAUUGCAAUCCCACCUAUCCAUGUUUCUUUUCCAAAGUCAGCAUAUGUGAUGAAACCUGAAAACAUGAUGGAAGUCUUGGGACAGAAACUUGCUGUCAUGGAUAUCAACAAUGUAGAAGAAGGUGAAGAGAAAGGCUGGAACUGUGAUGAUGAGCCAAUAACAAUAAAAGAAGAUGAAUUGUUACCACAGUUAACUGUCCAUGCUCUAGAAGAAGCUCCAACCAACGCCUUUGUGCGAAAGCUUUCAGUUGAAGAAGUAUUCCAGAAUUGGGAGAUUGAAGAAGCCCCAAUUUCGGAGCAUGCUUGGAAACCUGCGAAGGAAGAACUAGAGGUGAUAAAUGUAGGCACCGAGCAAGAUAAAAGAGAGUUAAAGAUUGGAACUCUGAUCACUACAGAAGAAAGAUGCAGUUUAACCUCAUUACUACAAGAGUAUAUCGAUGUGUUUGCCUGGUCUUAUACAGAUAUGCCUGGUUUAGACAUUGAUAUUGUAGUACACAGAUUACCUUUGAUAGAAGGAUGUAAACCUGUUAAGCAGAAAUUAAGAAGAACUCGCCCAGAUAUUAUGCUCAAAGUCAAGGCAGAGAUAGAGAAGCAGUGGGAUGCUGGUUUUCUAGAAGUUAUUAAAUACCCUCAAUGGGUAUCUAAUAUAGUGGUGGUACUAAAAAAAGAUAAUAAAAUCAGAGUAUGUGUAGAUUUCAGGGAUCUAAACAAAGCCAGUCCGAAGGAUGAUUUUCCUUUGCCUCACAUAGAUGUCCUGGUAGACAAUGCUGCUAGGAGUUCAACUUACUCCUUCAUGGAUGGAUUUUCCGGUUAUAACCAGAUUAAAAUGGCUGAAGAAGAUAAAGAGAAGACCACUUUUGUCACACCAUGGGGAACAUUCUGCUACAAAGUGAUGCCAUUCGGGUUGAAGAAUGCUGGAGCCACGUAUCAAAGGGCAAUGGUGACACUUUUCCAUGAUAUGAUGCAUAAAGAGAUUGAAGUGUAUGUGGAUGAUAUGAUUGCCAAGUCUAAGAAUGAAGAAGAUCAUGUUCAGGUUCUAAGAAAAUUAUUUGAAAGACUAAGAAAGUAUCAGUUGAAGCUGAAUCCUUCAAAAUGCUCGUUUGGGGUAAAGUCUGGAAAGUUGCUAGGAUUUGUGAUAAGCAAUAAAGGAAUAGAGGUCGAUCCUGAUAAAGUGAAAGCAAUUCAGGCUAUGACGGUUCCUAAGACCGAGAAAGAAGUAAGAGGUUUCUUAGGACGUUUGAAUUACAUUGCUUGAUUCAUAUCUCAGUUAACAACAACAUGUGAGCCAAUUUUUCGAUUACUUCGGAAAAAGAACCCUGGUAUAUGGGACAAAGAUUGUCAAGAGGCUUUUGAUAAAAUAAAGCAAUACUUACAGAAUCCACCUUUACUCGUGCCCCCUGUGCCUGGAAGACCUUUGAUCUUGUAUUUGACAGUAACUGAGGUAGCAAUGGGCUGUGUGUUAGGACAACAUGAUGAGUCUGGAAGAAAGGAGCAAGCUAUCUAUUAUCUGAGUAAGAAGUUUACAGAUUGUGAAUCCAGAUAUACUAUGACUGAGAAGCUAUGUUGUGCUCUUGUAUGGAGUACGAAGCGUCUUCGACAAUAUAUGUUGUAUUAUACCACCUGGUUGAUCUCAAAAAUGGAUCCUCUUAAAUACAUCUUUGAGAAACCCUACUUGUCAAGCCGAAUAGCAAGAUGGCAAGUGAUGUUGGCUGAGUAUGACAUUGUAUACAAGACAAGAAAAUCUGUAAAAGGAAGUGUAAUUGCUGAUCAUCUAGCAGAUAAUGCUAUCAAUGACUAUGAGCCUUUGAAAUUUGACUUCCCGGAUGAGGAUGUGUUGAUAGUAGAAGAGGACAAAGAAAAGGAUGAUUGGUGGAUCAUGUAUUUUGAUGGGGCAGUGAAUGUUUCUGGUAAUGGAGCAGGCGCUGUGAUAAUCUCACCUGACAAGAAGCAAUAUCCCGUCUCAGUCAAACUACAAUUUGAAUGCACUAACAAUACUGCUGAAUAUGAGGCUUGUAUCCUUGGAUUAGAAGCUGCUUUGGAGAUGAAAAUAAAGAAGCUUGAUGUCUAUGGGGAUUCAAUGUUAAUAAUCUGUCAAGUGAAAGGUGAAUGACAGACCAAGGAGGAAAAAUUGAUACCAUAUCAACAAUAUCUCUCGAAACUGACUGAGGGCUUUGAUGAGAUAGAUUUUACCCACAUGGGAAGAGACAAAAACCAGUUUGCUGAUGCUUUGGCAACCUUAGCUUCUAUGGCCAAAACUGAUUACGGAGUAAGGGUACAACCAAUCUGCAUUGAGAUUAGAAAUUUUCCAGCUCAUUGUUGUUCAAUUGAAGGAGAAAUAGAUGGGAACCCAUGGUUUUAUGACAUCAAGCAGUUUAUCCAAUAUCAAGAGUAUCCCUUGGGGGCAUCCAAAGCAGAUAUGAAGACCUUGAGAAGGUUAGCUCUGGAAUUUUACCUGGAUGGAGAAAUUCUA